GAGAGAGAGAGAGAGAGAGAGAGAGUCACGUGUGCUGAGCUACCAAUGUUCUGAAAGCGCCACACAGAUGGACACUUGAUUUGUUUUAGUUUGAGUUUUAGCUCAUGUUGUGACACAGAGCAUUGAUUAUUGUUUCAGUUCAGCUCUAAUUCCUGUGAGUUGCAAAGCCUUGUGUGGUUGAGUGAUGUCGUUCAUGGUGAAACACAUGAUAGGGGGACAGCUGAAGGAUCUCACCGGGGGUCUUGGAGAAGAGAAAGCUGAAGGGGAGAAGUCGGAGGCGGCGUCCAAGGGGAUGACACAGGAGGAGUUUGAGGAGUAUCAGCAGCAGCUGGCAGAGGAGAAGGUGGAGCGAGAAGCCAACUUUGCACAGAAGAAAGCGGAGAGAGCCACAGUCAGGAGCCAUUUUAGGGAAAAAUACCGACUGCCCAAGAGUGAGCUGGAUGAAACACAAAUACAGGGAGCAAGCAAGGAUGUCGAACUGCCCUCAGAGCUGGCUAAAAUGAUCGCAGAGGACAACCAAGAGGAAGAGCACAAACAGUCUUUCCUGGGUCAGCUCAAAAGCUUACAGGAUGUUGAUAUGGACCAGCUGAAGGACAAAGCACAGGCCACAUUCGGAGACCUCAAAGAAACAGCAGAAAAAUGUGAAGUAAUGUGAUUGAGGCUCUUAAACACUGUAAAUCUCAGGAUAAAACAGCUAAUCUUACUUAUUUCUAUUAGCUCUCCAUAUAAUAGUCCCAUAUUUAAGCAUAAACAGCACAUUCUUUACACUUAGCCUAUGCAAAUAUCAUACAUAUUGUUCUAUCGUACACAAUGCUGAUAAAUGCUCUUUCAUUUUGAGUUACAUCUUUGCAUAUGUUAGAUUGUUGAAUUAUUUCUAUUAUAUGUGAUUUAUAUAUUAUAAAUAAUUAUUCAAAUAUUUUGUUGUUGCUG